GCCGACGCGCGGCCCGGGGGGAGCGAGCGGGCGGGCGCGCGGGCUCAGCAUCCCUCUCCCCUCCACCGCCGCCUCGGCCACGCACCGGCGGUGGUGACCCUCGCCGCCCCUUCUCUCUCCCCUCCUCCUCUCCACCCUCCCCCGCUCCCCACCCGCUCUUCCAGCUCCCGCAGCCCGAGCUGCCGCUGACAAACGUUUCUGCGCACACAUUCACACACGUUGUUUUCAAAUGAAAAGACUGGCUCGGAGAGAUGGGAGCUCAUCUCCUCCCUCAGUGGAUAGGGGUGGCAGUGCGAAACCGACACCCCGGGAGAGAAGACUGGAGAGGGGAUUUGAACCCGUCCCUUGGGGGAGCAGCAGGUAGAACCAGGCCUCUUGCCUUCCACGCAGAAGUUCCCUGCCUGGGCACAUUCUUCUGGCCUGUGUCGGUCACUGGAGCAGGGCACUGGUUAAGGUGUGCGGCCUUCCCCUCUCAGGCCUCAGUUUUUUUCCAGUGGAAAAUGAGAGCGCUGGAGUAGAUGAUUUGGAAGGCCCAAAUCUAAGAUGGUUUGGGGAGGAGCAUCAGUGUCUCCUGCCUUUCACACAACUAUGUAUUCUUUUUUUGCACCCACCGCGACGCAGUCCACGUUGAAUUCCCGUUGCUUACCAUCUCUCAGAGUCGCUAAUAAUCAGAUGGCCCUUUUACUUUUGUUAUGGGCCUUUGGGGGCAUUUAAGACGCUGGUUUAAAGUGAAACGUGGUCUUGCUUUCUCUUUGUUCAGUGUCUCCCGUUUUUCUUCCCUGGGAUAACCCCUGCCUGUGCCUAGUAAAAGGCUGCUUCCUUAAAGAGGAUAAGAUUAUGCAUUGGGUUGAUGGGCUCAUCCUUGAGCUGGAGAGAAGUGAAACAUGUGAUUCAGGGUUUUGUGAGAUUGAAGGGAUCAGUGAUAUCUGUGCAUUUCAUUGCUUUCUUCCUGCUGUGAUUCAUGUUAAAAGACCAUUUUGUGCCUCUGCACCUCCCCUUCCUCAAGGAAUUGCAGCCCAGCUGGUCACCCACCUGUUGGCUCCUAUGUUUUGAGUUCUUUCUCUUUUCUGAGUCUUAACAGACAGUCAGUUGUGUGUAAACCACACUGUAUUCACUACUACUCUUGCUUGCUCUUUGACUUGAUCAUUCCUUAAAGUUUCUAGAUGUAAUAAUCACUUCAUUCCAUCGCAUUUUUUCCCCCUCAUGCUUACCUCCUGUGCCUACACAUGGGCAUGGGUGAUGGUGAUGUGGUGCCUGAUUGUUUCCAUCCUCUUUUCACGGAGGUGUGUUCGUGUUCUUAAAAUUAUUUUUGUACCUGAGUCCUAUGACGUGGCUACUUCUGGUUUCAGUAAUUUUCCUACUCUUCUGUAUCCUCAGCCCUGAGUCAACUACUGUUUCCAUUCCUUACUCAUUAAAAACUUUCCCAAUUCUUCCAUGCUUUCAAAUAUCCCGAAAUAAACCACAGCCAGUAUUUUUAUCAUAUUAUGUAAUCCGUUAAUUGUCUUGCUAAAAUAAUAAUGGUGAUGGAGCAGUCAUUCUGGGGUGGUCCCUUCACCUUCUGGAAUGGUUGGUACUCAUUAGGUCCAGUUUACACUGUUGUCGUGCAUGGCUAGUGUUGCAUGAAAAGUAUAGAAUGAUAAGUUCCCAAGGCUUUUUUUUUUUUUUUUUUUUUUUUCCUCCUUGUGGCCUGUGGAGUUGAUCCAUGACUUUUUGGUAUCUGACACCCUUUCCCUGAGGCCUCUGGAUCUGUAAGCACCACACAUUAUCCAGUAAAAUUAACUGCUAUUAUUGAAGACAAGCUUGGCUAGCAUCCUUCCUGGACUUCAAUUUGAGGAAGAGGCUAUUCAAGUGCUGGCACUGGAAGCUAUUUAGAAUUGCCAAAUCCCAUUCCAUUGAUGACUUUUACCUUGGAAUCCCUGCUCUGAUCCUAGUGGCUCUAACAAGGGCAGCUGACUAUCUGGAUUUAUGGUUGCAGUAACAAUGAGGAGGAGAAAUGAUCCAGAAUGCACUGCCCCUAUCAAGAAACAGAAGAAAAGAGUUGCAGAGCUUGCCCUGAACCUCAGCUCUACGUCUGAUGACGAACCUCCCUCUUCUGUCAAUCACGCAGCAAAAGCAUCUACCACGAGCCUAAGUGGGUCCGACAGUGAGACUGAGGGGAAGCAACACAGCUCUGACUCUUUUGACGAUGCGUUCAAAGCAGACUCCCUUGUGGAGGGAACUUCUUCUCGCUAUUCCAUGUAUAAUAGUGUCUCCCAGAAGCUUAUGGCCAAGAUGGGCUUCAGGGAAGGUGAAGGAUUGGGUAAAUACAGCCAGGGUCGGAAGGACAUCGUUGAGGCCUCUAAUCAAAAAGGUCGAAGAGGCCUGGGUCUGACCCUGCAAGGUUUUGAUCAAGAGCUGAAUGUGGACUGGCGAGAUGAGCCAGAGCCCAGUGCCUGUGAGCAGGUGUCAUGGUUUCCAGAAUGUACCACUGAAAUUCCUGACACUCAGGAAAUGAGUGAUUGGAUGGUUGUGGGAAAGAGAAAGAUGAUUAUUGAAGAUGAGACAGAGUUUUGUGGGGAAGAGCUGCUUCACAGUGUGUUGCAGUGUAAGAGUGUGUUUGAUGUCCUGGAUGGGGAGGAGAUGCGGCGAGCUCGGACCCGGGCUAAUCCCUACGAAAUGAUCCGUGGAGUCUUCUUCCUAAACAGGGCGGCAAUGAAGAUGGCUAACAUGGAUUUUGUGUUUGAUCGCAUGUUUACAAAUCCGCGGGACUCUUGUGGGAAACCACUGGUAAAGGACCGGGAAGCUGAGCUUCUGUACUUUGCUGACGUCUGCGCAGGCCCAGGCGGUUUUUCUGAGUAUGUGCUGUGGAGGAAGAAGUGGCAUGCGAAGGGCUUUGGAAUGACUCUGAAGGGCCCAAAUGACUUCAAGCUGGAGGACUUCUACUCGGCCUCCAGUGAGCUCUUCGAACCCUACUAUGGUGAGGGUGGCAUCGAUGGAGAUGGGGAUAUUACCCGCCCAGAGAACAUCACUGCUUUUCGGAAUUUUGUCCUGGAUAACACAGAUCGCAAGGGUGUCCACUUUCUGAUGGCUGAUGGGGGUUUCUCAGUGGAGGGACAGGAGAACCUGCAAGAGAUCCUCAGCAAGCAGCUGCUGCUCUGUCAGUUCCUCAUGGCGCUGUCUGUUGUCCGAACAGGAGGCCACUUCAUCUGUAAAACCUUUGACCUGUUCACACCGUUCAGCGUGGGGCUCAUCUACCUGCUGUACUGCUGCUUUGAACGAGUGUGUCUCUUUAAGCCGAUUACCAGCCGUCCUGCCAACUCCGAGAGGUAUGUGGUGUGCAAGGGCCUGAAGGUGGGCAUAGAUGACGUGCGCGAUUACCUCUUCUCAGUCAAUAUUAAACUCAACCAGCUGCGGAACACUGAUUCUGAUGUCAACCUUGUGGUCCCCUUGGAGGUAAUCAAGGGAGACCAUGAAUUUACUGACUACAUGAUACGGUCCAAUGAGAGCCACUGUAGUCUGCAGAUCAAAGCUCUGGCCAAAAUCCAUGCCUUUGUUCAAGACACAACCCUGAGUGAGCCUCGGCAGGCAGAGAUCCGGAAAGAGUGCCUUCGACUUUGGGGGAUCCCAGACCAGGCUCGAGUUGCUCCUUCUUCCUCAGACCCCAAAUCUAAGUUCUUUGAGCUAAUCCAGGGCACUGAGAUUGACAUCUUCAGCUAUAAGCCCACGCUGCUCACCUCCAAAACCCUGGAGAAGAUCCGCCCAGUGCUUGACUACCGCUGCAUGGUGUCUGGCAGCGAGCAGAAGUUCCUCAUCGGUCUGGGGAAGUCCCAGAUCUACACGUGGGACGGCCGCCAGUCAGACCGCUGGGUCAAGCUAGACCUGAAGACAGAGCUACCCCGGGAUACUCUACUGUCUGUGGAGAUCGUCCAUGAACUGAAAGGGGAGGGGAAGGCCCAGCGGAAGAUUAGUGCCAUCCACAUCCUCGAUGUCCUCGUGCUGAAUGGCAGUGACGUGCGGGAGCAGCACUUUAACCAGCGAAUUCAGCUUGCUGAGAAAUUUGUGAAAGCUGUUUCCAAGCCCAGUCGGCCUGACAUGAAUCCCAUCAGGGUGAAGGAGGUGUACAGGUUGGAGGAGAUGGAGAAGAUUUUUGUCAGGUUAGAAAUGAAGAUCAUCAAGGGCUCCAGUGGCACCCCGAAGCUCAGCUACACAGGGCGGGAUGACCGGCACUUUGUGCCCACUGGCCUCUACAUCGUCAGGACGGUGAAUGAGCCAUGGACUAUGGGAUUCAGCAAAAGCUUCAAGAGGAAGUUCUUCUACAAUAAGAAAACCAAGAUCUCUACCUUUGACCUCCCUGCAGACUCCAUCGCCCCCUUUCACAUCUGCUACUAUGGCAGGCUCUUCUGGGAGUGGGGGGAUGGCAUCCGUGUUCAUGACUCCCAGAAGCCCCAGGACCCAGACAAGCUGUCCAAGGAAGAUGUCCUCUCAUUCAUCCAGAUGCACAGCGCCUGAGGGUGUGGGGAUGCCCACCCCUGCUGACUGAUCUGUCAUUCUCUGAGUCAGGGCGCUCUGCCUGGGGCUCACAGUACUGGUUUUUUACCCCUUCUCGGAAAGGGACUGGGGAGCACAGUCACUGCAGCCUGACCAUAAGGGGUGGGUGGUCUCCUCUCCAUUCUCCCUGAAGAACUCAGUCGGGGGCCUUCUGAGGACUCUGACAUUCCUUCUGGGACACCUUUUGGACUUCCCUCCCCAGAGACCUGCCUGGGAAUUGUCUUCCCUGCCAGGAAUCAGCCUGAAGGAUGCUGCUCCUACAGGCGGGUUUGAGGUCAGGGCCGAGGGCAUGUGUGGCCAGUGGAGGACGUGUCAGAGAACAGCAGGGCUUUGUUUCUGCCAUUCUCUCUUGUAUCCUGUAGACUCACUUUUCUGAGUUCCGUGCACUGCCCUGAGGGCGGCCAUGCCCGUGCUCUGCCCAGCUUUUUAUUGGGCCAACCCUGAGUGGGUGUAGGCCAGGGGCAGCUGCUGUACAAAUCAAGGUUUUGUUUCUUUGAACUUGCUCUGUUUUGAUGCCAAGUUGGAGAUGAUUUUAUCUCCUCCCUGACCUCUGUCCUGGUCUUCCCUGGAGUUCGUCCCAGCCGGACCUCUGACAGUCCCGCAGGCCGGGAAGGGAGGCACGUGGGCCAUACUUCCCUGCCACUGCAUCGGGACACAGUGCUGUCUCGAUAGCGGGCAUGACUGCCUCCUGGGGUUGUAGAGCCUUCCUGGGCCCCAUUCCCUUUUGUUCUGAACCUUGGGCAGCUCUAGAAGAGGAAGCAGCCUUUAAAGACCUUUUUCUAUGCCCCAGCAGCAGUGGCCCCCUGGCAACAGAGGUACCUCGGGUUGGGUCACACCCAGCCUUCUGGCAAUCAUGGCACCCCCCCCCCCCAUUUGCCACAGCCACCUUGCUACUCACCCCCUUUUUCUUCCCCAGUAGGAAGUACAGUCACUUUUGUUUGUCCUUUUGCGGUCACUCCAUUUCCUCUGUCUUGGCAGAGGGGGAAGAAGGGAAGCUGGGCAGUAGCUUUGGGUGGGGGAGGGUACUUGUGGUUGUUUUUAAUGGGAAAUACCUCUCAGAGAUGCUCUUAUGGGCUCCCUAGAGCCCCAUCCCAGUGCUAGGCUGGUUUCCAUGGCGAUAGGCCACAGAGACUCCCUGUGAGGUUGGAAAUGACUCUACCUGGGGGUGGGGGUGGUGUCGCCUAGCCAGCAUCCAGCCCCUCCCUCCCCCCAGGUUGGUGGCAGCACGGCUGAGAAAGGUGUGUUUCCACCCCGUUCUGGGUAUAUCAGUGUGUCUUGCAGAAUCUUGGAUCAUUAAAGAUAAACAUAUUUUUAA